GAAAUUUUAGAUCGAGAGAGGGCGUCAUCAUUUUUGAUCCCGCAUUGAACUCUCUCCGAACAACUUGACAACUGCCUGUGACCAGUUACCAUGGCAACAAAAGAUGAUGAUGUCUUAGAGGUCCCUCCUGAUUGGAAAGAUACAUUCACUAAAGAAGAUAAUCCUCAUGGGCUGGUCGACGAGAGCUCAUUUGCGACACUGUUUCCAAAGUAUCGGGAGAAGUACCUGAAGGAAUGCUGGCCAUUGGUUCAGAAGACUCUAAGUGAUCAUGGGAUCAAAGCAAUGCUUGACCUGAUAGAGGGCAGUAUGACGGUCAAAACAACGAGACAGACAUGGGAUCCGUUCAUCAUCAUCAAGGCCAGGGAUAUGAUCAAGCUACUAGCGAGGAGUGUGCCAUUUGAACAGGCAAUUAGAAUAUUAGAUGAUGGUGUUUCUGCUGAAGUGAUCAAGAUUGGUCGCAUGGUGAGGAACAGAGAGAGAUUUGUCAAGAGAAGACAAAGGCUGAUUGGACCGAAUGGCUCAACUCUUAAGGCUAUUGAGUUACUGACCCAGUGUUACAUCGUGGUCCAGGGUAACACCGUGUCGGCAAUCGGACCUUACAAAGGACUGAGGGAUGUCAACAAGAUUGUCACAGAUACACUCAACAAUGUCCAUCCUAUAUAUAACAUCAAGGUCCUGAUGAUCAAACGAGAGCUGAUGAAAGACGAGAAACUGCGCAAUGAAUCCUGGGAUAGGUUCCUUCCAAAGUUCAAGACAAAGAAUCUCAAGAAGAGGAAACUGCCCCAGAAAAUCAGAAAGAAGAAAGAGUAUACUCCGUUCCCUCCGCAGCAGCCAGAAACAAAGGUUGACAAGGAGCUUGCUACAGGAGAAUAUUUCUUGAAAGAGAAUCAAAAGAAGGCAAAAAUAAGGGAAGAGAAAAGGUUAAAGCAAGCCGAGGCUGAAGUGAAGAGAAAAGACAAGCGAGAGAAGCCCUUCAUACCACCUAAGGAGAAGACAGUAUCGGAGACCAAAUCAGCGACACCUAAACAAGACAAGAAGAUUGAUGUGAAGGCAUUCAAAGCAAAGAUCAAACAAUCUCAGUCCAAGAAGUUUCGCCAGCCAGGAGCAAAGACAACGUUAGCAACUCCAGGGAGUACCAAGAAGAAGAAAAAAUGAAAAUCGGACACUUGACUUUGACUUCAAUUCUGAUAUUAUGUUGAAUAUGAGACUGUAGUCUUCUCUUGAAAAACUUUAGAGGAGGAUAGAUGUCAUCAGUUAAGACCAUCGUUUGGAUUUGGCAUAAAAGGAUGCGUGGACCUGGACACCAUUGUUAACUCAAGUUUGGCUAGGUGGAAAAUAAGAGACUCAAUCAUCUUCAAAUAAUAUCGAUAAAUUCAUUGAAGAUUUGUGAUGAGCUGUUUUAUGAGCCAUUAUUAGCUUUGAUUUUCAGUGAAAAUCCGGUUUGCCAUCUUUUUACAGUUUGUUGGUUUACUUUUGGAUGGUCUAAUUCUCAGAUCUCAUCAGCACCAAAAGAUCAACACCGAAUGUGAAAUAUACCAAGAUGUCUGGUUCCAGCGCUCGCCUCUUGACCAGCGGAAGAGAAAAUGAAAUCAACUUAAGUAUGAAUGAAAGGCAAGGCCAGUUGAACAGGAACUUGGAUUUAAUAAAUAUAGAAAAAUCAAACAUGCAUUUAAGUUUUGCUCAAUGUAACAGAAUAUAUUUUGGUCCAAUUAUUCAGCCACUACACAUAGUUUUUAUUUUGCUGCAAGAAUGCAAAUUCACUUGUGCAUAUUUUCAGGGUGUAUAAACUAGAAAGUAUACUUUUUCUCAAAACUUUGAAAAUAUUGCAAUAAUGAGAUAUACAGCUUGUACGAUAUUGUGUUAAACAUAUAUUUUCGAUAUGAGCGCUUUGUAGUUCUGCAUGUCAUGAAAAAUUAUCCUUGAUAUGCUUCUGAAGAUAUGAAAAGAAAGAUCACAAAUGCAGCCAACCUGUUUUAUAAGCUCACGCCCGUGGAUAUUCAAACAACUUUGACUGAACUCAAUUUAGGUUAUGUUUGUUCAAGCAAAAUUUAAGCCCUGAAAUGCAAAGAAAUUAUUUUUCUGCUGGAGAGCGUGCAUGCUCUUCAUUCAAAAUGCAUCUGAAUGUAGUGGUCCACAAUCAGUGUUGUUUUUGUGUAACCAUAACACGUAAAUGUGCAGCCACCCAUCCCAGUCAUUAUGAUAUCAUUUUAUACAGAAUCAUGUUUCAAAACACAACUUUGUUGUUAGAGAAUUUACUUGCUAAAGUAUUAAAUUUUUAU